GUUUAAGAUGAACUGCUUGCGUUGAACGUUCUCGACCGCUCCUUGUCCUGUCUUCCAGCUUUUCCUUCUCGAGCUCCUCAAUUGAUCUCAGCGCCAAAUCAUCGACAACCCUGUCUCUACCUUGGACCUUUUACCGUGGCCCCUCCUCAAAUGUUUCCCGGCAGAGAUUGUCCACUUUGAUGAGCGUGUCUGACAUGAAGACCGGGUUAUCGAUAUCGUCACACUCGUCCCAAGUAUCCUUCCGCCCGCCACUCGCCAGUUGAGAGCCUUUCCAUCAUGGUGCACCGGUCCGAUGAUUCAGGGGACAUCCGCCCUCCGUCCCGCGCUCACGAUACUCCGUCUCGACAGAAACUGAAACCGGGAACUAGCCCGCCGAAGAAGGAGAGGUCAAGGUCGUCCGCGAAAGAUGUCUCGGAGCUGACAGAUUAUCAACUGGGCGACUGCCUUGGCAAAGGUGCGUUCGGCUCGGUAUAUAGAGCGUUGAACUGGGGAACCGGCGAGACCGUUGCCGUCAAACAAAUUCGACUUGUGGACCUGCCGAAGAGUGAAUUGAGGGUGAUCAUGCAAGAGAUCGAUCUUCUCAAAAAUUUGGACCAUCCGAACAUUGUUAAGUACCAUGGGUUCGUGAAGUCUGUGGAAACCUUGAACAUUAUAUUAGAAUACUGCGAAAAUGGCUCCUUGCAUUCGAUUUCAAAAAAUUUCGGCCGGUUUCCCGAAAACCUCGUCGCCCUCUAUAUGUCUCAAGUCCUAUCGGGCUUGCUCUACCUACACGAACAAGGCGUUAUCCACCGGGAUAUCAAAGGUGCAAAUAUCCUUACGACGAAACAGGGCUUGGUUAAACUGGCAGACUUUGGUGUUGCCAGUCGCACGACAGGUCUCCAUGAGUCGAGCGUCGUCGGAACUCCAUACUGGAUGGCACCGGAGGUGAUAGAGUUGUCCGGAGCGACUACGGCCUCAGAUAUAUGGAGUUUGGGAUCUACCGUAAUAGAGCUGUUGGAAGGGAAGCCACCAUACUAUAAAUUCCAGCCUAUGCAAGCGUUGUUUCGGAUUGUCAAUGAUGACCAUCCUCCGCUUCCCCAAGGAGCUUCACCGGCCGUAAAGGAUUUCCUCAUGCAGUGCUUUCAAAAGGACCCCAAUCUUCGUGUAACAGCUCGGAAGUUGUUGAGACACCCUUGGAUUGUUAACGCCAAGCGGUCCGACUCUGUUGUUCCAACAAAGUCUACAGAAUACGAGGAGGCUGUCAAAAGCGUCCAGGAGUGGAAUGAAGCACUCCGAUCCCCUAACCCGAAUACCUUACGAAGACCCAUGCGAUCUGCAUAUGCAAGCCCUGGACAUAGUCAGAGAAAACGUUCACAUUCCCGUCAGCCUUCCUCUCGCGAAUCCCUCCCCGCCAUAAAUACACAUGUCACGGAUAAGUUUAGGUCUCCAGAAAAUAAUGAUGACAAUUGGGAUGAUGAUUUUGCGUCUGCAUUCUCACCCAGCGCCCUUCAGUGUCCUCGUCUAAAGCCACAGGACAAUUUUGGCGGCAUGUUAUCCUCGGAAAAACUUAAGGCAUUUGCUUCUCUCGAAAAUAUCGCGGAGCUUGGCACCGAUAAAUUCACCGAAAAUGGUGCGUUAGCCAGAGAUAGAACAGCUUUCUCAGAUUCCGAUCCGCUGCAAACUAUUCGCCCAUAUGUUAAAAAGCAACCAGAUGAACAUCAAAGCCCCCCGAAGCUUCCAAGAAGAACUCGGCAUCGUCAAGUUCCUACGCCGUCCUUCAAAAAGAGUGCAAUCAUUGCCCCCAUUGCUCGUCAAUCUCCCAAACCUGCGUCUCACCCACGUCCCGCGGCCUUCUACAAGGAGAGCUCCAUCGAAGAUUAUUCUGAUCUUAUCGCUGCGAACGAAGAAGUACUUGAAAGCAAACUAUCAGUGAUUCCGGGCAAUGCCACCGAUGAGAUAGGCCAUCAUACCCGGGAUCCCAAUGGGUCGGGCCUUUUCGAUGACACCGUGGUACACUCGCCCGAAAAGGGUGUUUUUCAGUUGCCAUUAAGAAGGAGGAAGCCGCAAUUAUCAAGAGCACGAACAUCAAUCGGGAUUGAGAGAUAUGCAGAAGAUGAAACUGACGAGGAUUUUUCCGACAUCCUUGGGAGCAACGAAGAUCCUCUUGUAAAGCUGGAGAGUGACGAUGGCUCGGAUCGGAGUAGCUUGAUGCUUAAUUCGAAACUGUCUAGUAGCUCAUGGCUCGGUGAUGUGGACGACGAAGAUGACCCUUUUGCACAGCUCGAGGAGGGGUUGGAUGAAAUGGACCUUGAAGCCAAUAUCGCUAGGGACAAAUACGCACGACUUCGAAGUCAAGUGGAAAGCCUUGUUAGCUCUUUAAAAACUUCUCAGGAUGAGGAAGUACUGGCAGAUAUCUCCGAGCAAUUGGUAACUGUGUUUUCGGAUCUGCCUGAGACGAAAAACGUGAUACUUGGCGCCCACGGAAUGCUACCUAUGCUAGAGAUCCUGGACACUUGCCGUCGGAGGGACGUUGUAUCCAACCUCUUGAAAAUUGUUAAUGCUAUUAUUUACAACGACUACGAGGUUCAAGAAAAUUUAUGCUUCGUUGGAGGAAUCCCAAUCAUUAAUAAGUUUGCUUCGAAGAAAUACCCUCGAGAAAUCCGCCUGGAAGCUGCUUCGUUUGUCCAACAAAUGUAUCAGACGUCAACAUUAACACUCCAAAUGUUUGUCAGUGCCGGAGGCUUGAAUGUUUUGGUUGAGUUUUUGGAGGACGACUAUGAAGACGAGCGAGAUCUCGUUUUAAUUGGCGUCAAUGGUAUUUGGAGUGUAUUCGAAUUGCAGGGAUCGACACCGAAAAAUGACUUUUGCCGUAUCCUGUCUCGAAAUUCAGUUCUUGAUCCGCUAUCUUUAGUGCUAAGCAGAGUCUUAGAUGAGGAAGAAGGUGAACUGGCGGAGCUUUGUGAAGGGCGUAUUGCGAAUAUUUUCCACAUAUUCUCUCAAGCAGAAAGCCAUGUCAAGGAGAUGGUUGCAGAAAGAACUGUAUUGCAUAGAGUACUUAAAGAACUGAAACGGAUGUCCCCCAGUCCUCAAAUUACGAUGCUCAAAUUUAUCAAGAACUUAUCGAUGCUCUCGACAACUCUUGAAGCACUUCAAAAUUCUAAUGCAAUUGACGUUCUCACCGAGCUACUGCGCUCUACAAUGAAAGGACCUCAUUUCCGCGAAGUUUCAAAUCAGAUCCUCAACACGAUAUAUAACAUGUGUCGCCUAAGCAAGUCACGGCAGGAAGACGCAGCUUUAAACGGCAUAAUACCACUUCUGCAAAAGAUAGUGAAAACGGAGCGGCCACUAAAGGAGUUUGCUUUACCCAUUCUUUGCGAUAUGGCGCAUUCUGGUAAGGUUGGUCGCCGCGAGCUCUGGCGCAAUAAGGGUUUGGCAUUCUAUAUAUCUCUAUUGUCAGAUCCGUACUGGCAGGUUACUGCCCUCGAUGCGAUCUUUAGUUGGCUUCAAGAAGAGACUGCCAAAGUUGAGGAGCAUUUGCUAGAUAACCGGAACGGCGAACCUCCGUUCACGAUCGCGAUUGUCCGCUGCGUUACCAUAUCGAAAGCUAACGCAUUUGAGAACCUCCUGGAACCUCUUCAGAAACUUCUCCGGUUGAGUCCAGCGGUUGCGGCAACUCUUGCGAGGCCGGAUAUGUUUGAACGUAUUGGACAGAAACUCCAUCAUACUAAGCCUGCUGUGAGGGUCAACUUGUUGCGUAUUUUAUCGACAAUCUGUGACGCUUGUGAAGAGAGAUGCGGCCUUCUCAGCCGAUAUGGGCUUUUGGAUGCGAUUAGAGAAUUACAAAAGGACUCUCGUGUUCUUGUCCGCGAGUUAGCUUCACAACUAGUCAAGUUGAGCGAGGAGAAUGAUCAAAUGAACGGCCAAAAACGAAGGUCCACAAGGCGAAGAAGCACAUCUAUCACACCUCCGAGUCUGAUGUCAAGCCAUUCCAUGCCUGCUACGCCGCAAAUAAAUCGAACUGGCGCAUCCAAACUCUACAUCGAUGGAAGAGAAAACCUUCACUCUUCAAAUGGGCUCAAUGGUUCCCUCGGGUUGAGACCAGGAAGCCGAGAUGGUAGAAGCUCUACUGGAACUCCAGCUGCUCCGGGAAGUGGAAAACUCCGCUUGCCGCACCGACUGUCGCAACAAAUUACAUCAUUGACGCAACAAAAGGAGGAAGCCCGCACCCCUACUUCAGCAAGGAGACCAUCCAUCCUCCAAUCGCGGCGGAGGAGACCGACAAAUGGCGGGCCAGAGUGGACGUAAUCUGGGAGAUCGCCUUCCCACAAAUUGUUCCAUUACUUUUAUUAUCGCAUCCCCUUUAAUGGUAUAUCUUUGAGAGACGUUCAAUAACCCUGCAUUGCAUAGCAUAGCAUUGGCGCAUUGGGGAGAUACACACAUACAUCCUGGUUGCUUGGCUCAGAGGAUCGGGUCGUUAUUGUUAAACCUAUUUCCUUUAUUUUACAGCCAUUCUUGGAGGCUGAUAUUCAUUCCCUUUUAAUAUUUUCUUAGGCUACCUUUUCUUUCAUUUCCUGCCGUUUUGGCCUGUCAUCCAGCAAUGGAAUACAUGCUCAAUGCGGGAAUGUGUUGAUAUGCUCCAAAGUAGAGUUAGCUCUUUUGGCGGAGACAGGCUUAUACUCCAGCUUGAAUGCACAGAUAUUUCCUGAGGUUUGCC